AUGCCUCAGUUCAUCCUCCUGUCAGUCCUGCUGCUUGUCACCACAGCUGCUCAACAGCUGACCAGCCCAGAAGGAGAAGAAAAUGAAGUGCUACAAAGCACAGAGGCAGACCUCGUCAAGGACCAGCUGUCAAGUCUUGCGCCUCAGUGUCCUGGUAACCUGGUAAUGCUGGAGGGGAGCUCGGCUUGUGGUUGCCCGUCUAACAUGCUGAAGAUCGGAGACAAUUGCACCUGCCCGCUUGGCUUUAGUCUUGUGGGGAGAGCAGGAUAUGUCGACGAAUGUCGAGAAGAAGCACCGUGCGGUCCUCACGCUAACUGCACCAACACACCCGGCUCGUAUUCAUGCCAAUGUCACCGUGGUUACCUGGCGGGCGCAGGAGGGUGCCAGGAUGUCGACGAGUGCGCUCUGGCCGCCAUCACGGGCCUGCGAGCUUGUAGUGGCAAUGUAGAGUGUGCCAACACACAGGGGUCCUUCAGCUGCUUCUGCCCGAUGGGAUAUGUCUUGAGUCCUAAUGGAGAUAACUGUGAUGAUGUGGAUGAGUGCACUACUGAGGAGUUGUGUCGCUUUCAGCUGGGAAAAGUCUGUGUGAACACAGCGGGGAGCUUUUUUUGCCAAUGCAGGCCUGGCUUCAGAACAGAAGCUACUUCAUGUGUGGAUCUAGACGAAUGCUCGGACAGUCCAGCGCUGUGCGAUGGACGGGGGGUGUGUGAGAACACAUUCGGCAGCUACAAGUGUGUGUGCCCAGCAGGUUACCGGGGAAACGGCACACACUGCGAAGAUAUGAAUGAGUGCGCUUUGGCCGCUCACGGCUGUGAUGUCAACGCUCGCUGUGGCAACAUCAUUGGCUCCUACUUCUGCCAGUGCUACCAGGGUUUCAAUGGAGAUGGGUAUUCUUGUUUUGACAUUGACGAGUGCGCUGUGAGCAAUGGACACUGUGAGCACAAUUGUACAAACGAACCAGGAGGCUACAGCUGCCAGUGUGCCUCUGGCUAUCAAUUGAAGCAAGAUGGACACGGAUGCACAGAUGUGAACGAGUGUUUGUCCCAGAAUGGAAGCUGUGCGCAUUUUUGCAUCAACAAUCUGGGAUCCUUCCAGUGCGUGUGCAGGCCUGGCUACCAGCUUCAUAUUGACGGCCACACCUGCGUGGACAUAGAUGAAUGUAAACUUCAGAACGGUGGUUGCUCGCACACAUGCUCGAAUUCUGAGGGAGGACACAGCUGCCACUGCCCGCCCCCAUUGCUGCUCAACACCGACAACCUCACCUGCAGCAAUGUUACAUCUUGUAAACUGAGAAAUGGUGGUUGCAACCACAAAUGCAUCACAAGGGCUGAGGGGCACAUUCAGUGUAGCUGCCGCUCUGGCUGGAAGCUGGGUGAGGACCAGAGAAGCUGCCUGGAUGUGGACGAGUGCGGAGAUUUUACCAAUGGGGGCUGUGAGCAGUUGUGCGAGAAUCACCCUGGCACCUUCAACUGUACAUGCAGGGAAGGAUAUCAAGUGCAAACUGAUGACCUCACCAAAUGUCGGCCUGUGUGUGACCCCCCUUGUCGGAACUACGGAAUUUGUAUGGCGCCAAACAGCUGCGAUUGUCCUCCGGGCUACCCUGGCCUUGGCUGCUCAGCCAUGUGCUCCCCACCGUGUGCGCAUGGGGGUACAUGUAUGCGCUGGAACAAAUGUUUAUGUCCUCCUGGCUGGAGUGGAGAAGGCUGCCACACAGCCAUGUGUGAGCUACCAUGCGCUAAUGGCGGUCGCUGUGUGGGUCCCGAUACCUGCCAAUGUCCUUCAGACUACACAGGUUCCCAGUGCCUUUUGCCCUUGUGCACGCCUGCCUGUCAAAAUGGUGGCCGUUGUGUGGACGUCAAUAAGUGCACAUGUGUUAGGGGAUGGCAAGGAGCUCGUUGCCAGAUAGAACCUGUUCAAUGUCAGAAGCCUUGUAAAAACGGCGGUGUAUGUGAAGGCCUCAAUAGGUGUCGCUGUGCCAAGGGAUUCACUGGAAGUUUCUGUGAAACAGCGGUGACCACUCCGUGUGUGCCUCCCUGCCGACACGGAGCUAUCUGUGGCCCUCAUAACACUUGCACCUGUCCUGAGGGUACUGCAGGCCUGCGCUGCGAGAGAUUGACAUGCCCUGUAGUCACUACUGUGGUCAGCAUGGCUCGAGCAGUGAGAAAAGCAUUUAAGGAGAGUUACGUUGACCGUUGUGGACCAUUCGGGAUUCAGCUUUGCACCAAAUACAGGAUGAACCAAGCACGCGUAUACCUCCAAGCCUACAGGGUGGGCUACAAAAUUCAGUGUCCAGAGAGAAAAGGUAGAUGA